AAACCCUUUGUGUGUGUUUCCAAGCCAAGCCAAGCUCUCGAUCUCGCUCUAUUCCCUUGUCACCGCCGCCGCCGUCGCUUCCGGAUCGUAGUUCUGAAGAAACGUAUUCCUGCUGCAUUCGGAGCAGAAUAACGAUGGCCACUCAAGCUGCCUCAUUCAGUGGCAACCUAAAGAAAGCUGUGGCGGGUAUCAAGCGUAUCAAUCUCGACGGUCUUCGUUGGCGAGUUUUUGAUGCCAAAGGCCAGGUUCUGGGUAGACUAGCAUCUCAGAUAUCAACUGUGCUUCAAGCCAAGGAUAAGCCUACUUAUUGUCCCAACCGCGAUGAUGGAGAUAUUUGCAUUGUUCUCAAUGCUAAGGAUAUCGGCAUCACUGGAAGAAAGCUCACUGACAAGUUCUACCGCUGGCAUACUGGGUACGUUGGACACCUGAAAGAACGCAGUCUGAAAGAUCAGAUGGCCAAAGACCCCACCGAGGUCAUCCGCAAGGCUGUCUGGCGCAUGCUUCCAACUAACAAUUUGCGUGAUGACAGAGAUCGGAAGCUGAGGAUAUUUGAAGGCAGUGAGCAUCCUUUUGGGGACAAGCCACUCGAGCCAUUCGUGAUGCCUCCUCGUACUGUGAGAGAGAUGCGACCGCGCGCAAGACGUGCAAUGAUCCGUGCCCAGAAGAAGGCAGAGCAGGCAGAAAAUGGUGGAGCAGAGGUAAAGAAAGGCAAGAAGAGGGCUCCUUCUCAAGUGUAACUGCCUAGAAGAAAAGCUUCACACAUGUGAUUCAGUCUUAUUUAAGCAACGAUCAUAAUGCAGGCGUGGUGGAUAAGGUUUUUUUGUUUGUUGAGUGCCAGACAAUAGACACGGCCCCUAUCAUGAAGCAAAACCCGUUCUUCCUUAUACAUGGUCUCAUUUACGAAAAGGACAAAUAUUUCAUAAGAGUAAUAAACAUACAUGUUCUCUUUU